UGCAAGAUCGAGUCUUUAUAUAUUUGUUCUCCAAGGUGGUAGAUAGAUUACAAUUGUUUGGGUUUUACAUUUCGCAAGAGUAGACUAUAUUUGAAGCAACAUAGGGUUUUGAUUUCAUUAUUUAAAAGUACGGAAUAUGAAUGGUCAUGAUUGAAUUGAAAAAAAUACGAUUUUCUUCUUUACAAGCCUUCAAAAAGUAUAUGCAAAUGCUAUAAGACCGAAUUGAUAACUCUUUGAACUACCAUUUGAGGUCGUAAAUGAUGUGAAGGUGCCCCAUCAAUUAUUAAAUUUACCAAGUUGACGUUGGUUGUGUUCAUCAUUUGUGGCAUUAUAACCAAAACGUUUUUUAGAGUAGCAAUUGUAUCUUGUUAGGAUAUUUAUGCAGAAUCGAGUCUUUAUAUAUUUCGCAAGAGUAGACUCUAUCUGAAGCAACAUGGGAUUUUGAUUUCAUUAUUUCAAGGGAGAGCAUUUUCCAUCACUCUCAACAAGGGUGGUUUAUUCCCGAGUAGACUCUGUUGUGGAGGAUUAACGAACUGAAUCGCUGAUUUAGAGAUGCUGAUGAUGAUGCGAGCAACGAUUGCUGCUGCUUCUUCUUCUUUGAAGUUUGGUUAUGGCAGCAGAAGCAGCACCACCAGACUCAGACUCAGAGGUAUGCUGCCCUGUCUUCUUCAUUCUUCUUCUGUUGUUGUUGUUUUCUUCAACAAUUACUUGGCUUUGUUUCAUUCUCGAGCUUCUAAAUCGACCGAAUCUAGAAACACCCAAAAACACCAGCUUGUGAAAAUCACUAAUGUUGAGGAUGCUCUCAAUGUGUUCGACGAAAUGCUUCAAAGGUGUACUCUGCCUUCCGUUUUCCCUUUCAACGAAAUCUUGACUCAACUUGCCAAGAUGAAACAUUAUUCGGCAGUCAUCUCCUUGAAUAACCAAAUGGUUGUUUCCGGAAUUCGUCCUAAUGUUUAUACACUAAACAUUAUCAUUAAUUGCUUUUGUCGUUUGGGGAAAAUGGGGUUUGGCUUGUCUAUCUUGGGAAACGUCUUCAAAUUGGGUUUUGAACCAAAUGUCGUGACCUUCAACAUUCUAAUCAACGGCUUUAUUCUCCAGAAUAGAGUGGCUGAGGCAGCAAUACUUUUCAAGAAAAUGUUGGACAGUGGUAAUUGUAAACCGAAUGUGGUUACUUUCGGUACCCUAGUAAAGGGCCUUUGCGCAAAUGGUAACAACACUGCCGCAAUCCAAUUGCUUAGGAAGAUGGAAGAAGGGGGUUGCAAGCCUAACCUAGUUAUUUAUAGCAUGAUUAUCGACAGUCUUUGCAAAGAUACUCUAGUUGCUGAUGCACAUAACCUCUUCUCAGAAAUGACGAGUAAGGGUAUUGCCCCAAAUGUCAUGACCUAUACCUCUUUGAUUCAUGGAGUUUGCAAAUUACAGGAUUGGAAAGAAGCUACAAGAUUGUUGAAUGAAAUGGUGAGUAAACAUAUCUUUCCAAAUGUGUUCACCUUUAGUGUACUGGUUGAUACAUUCUGUAAAGAGGGGAUGGUCCAAGAAGCAAAGAGCGUGGUCAAAAUGAUGAUUCAACGAGAUAUCGAACCUAAUACGAUUACUUACAAUUCACUUAUGGAUGGGUAUUGUAUGCGAGGAGAAAUGGACAAGGCAAAAAAUGUUUUUAAGGUAAUGCUUAGCAAGGCCUGCAUGGUUGAUGCUCAUAGUUAUAGCACAUUGAUAAACGGCUAUUGUAAGCGUAAAAUGGUAGAUGAUGCCCGAAUCCUUUUUCUGGAAAUGUCUCAUAAGGGAAUUGUUCCGAAUACGGUUACUUAUAGCACUCUUAUUGAUGGGUUUUGCAAGAUGGGAAGAAUACAAGAUGCACAGAACUUGUUCUCUGAAAUGCAAGCUUUAGGCCAACUUCCAGAUAUUCAAACUUAUUCUAGUUUACUGGAUGGCCUUUGUAAAAACAAACAAUUUCCCAAGGCAGUUGAACUGUUGGAAGAGAUGGAGGGAAGGAAGUUGGAUUUUAAUAUUGUAACUUACAGUAUUCUUAUUGAAGGUUUGUGCAUGGCUGAAAAAGUUGAAUAUGCAUGGGAUCUCCUUUGUAGUUUAUCAAUAAAAGGAAUUCAACCUGAUGUCAGGACAUAUACCAUAAUGAUCAGUGGAUUUUGUAAUGGGGGGCUAACAUGUGAAGCAGAAAACUUGCUUAGAAAAAUGGAAGAGAAAGGUUGUUCUCCAGAUGGUUGCACGUACAACACAAUUAUCUGUGGGUUAAUCAAUAACAAUGAGACAUCAAGAGCAGUGAGGCUUAUUGAAGAAAUGGUGGAGAGGGGUUUUUCUGCAGAUGCAUCAACCAUGGAGUUGGUCAUUAAUUUAUUGUCUAAAGAUAAAGUAGAUCCCGCUUUGUUGGCAUUUAUAGAAAGACCAGGGUGAAAUUGAUUUGCAUCUUUGCAGUUUGACAACUUUCGGUGCAUCCUUCCCUUGAAUGCUGCAUUAGAGGGAGUUGUUCCACUGCGGAGUCCAGUUCAGGUAGCCAUUUGGUCAUGCAUCGAUUCAAGUGGUAGAGCAAAUUUUAUGUUACUCUUUUAUGAUGAUGAAAUAUGUUGGAGAAGCGGAGUAUCUGAACUGAUAUGAAAUUCAUAGACAUAUUUAUGGCUUGUUUAAUUUCUCCUUUGCUUUUUGGUGAUAAUUCUGUUAAUGACAUUGUCUAUUGAUA